UCUUGACUCUAUGGUGUCAACCGUUACGUUGAAUUAUCAAAAUUAAACCAAACAAAUCAAAAAAUUCCGACGCUUGUCGCUACUUGAUGCUAUUAUUGAAAUAUGUCCCUUUUCGAAUAAAUUGAAAAUAAACAGAAGUGUUAAUGUGCUACUUUGUGUGUGAAUAAAUUAUUAAAAUGACCGACAGUGAUGACGACUUGUUAGAAAGUUAUCAAUAUAGUUUUGCAAACGAGGGAAUGGCAAUCCGUGCGAAGGGUCCAAAUAUAGAUUUUGAAACUAUUAGCCUUCCAUCUUCAACAAUGCAAAUGCUGCCCGGGAAUGUAAACCGACCAAAAUAUGGUCACGGAAAUAAUGGUCAACGAAGUUUAUAUUAUAGAAGAGAGACUUCUCCAAUGUCCGCAUAUAAUGUUUCCCAUUUCAGUCGCCCUUACAAUCGUAGUUUAUCCACACGAAGUCAUAUAGGUUCUCAUCAGUCUGUUUACAAUCGUGGAAACCGUUCACCUGCUUCCGUACGGAGUUUAGAUUCAACUGCAAGUGUUACUGCUUCUGAUAUAGUGGUUGCAUUAAAAAAUGAACACUUUAACAAGUAUGAUCAAAAACUGUUAAAAGCUGCAUGUUAUAAAUUCUUAAAGAAUAAGUCAAGAAAGAGACUGGAGUAUAUGCGGAACCGUAGGAUCCUAAUGAAUAAAGUAAGAAGACGGCGAUCCAUAGAAGACUUAGGGGAAAUGGCAAGUGAAUCAUCUUCCAAUAGUGAACAUAGCAUAUCCCCUAAAAUCUGUAAACCAAAAGAUACAAAUGGUAAAAUUAAAAAUAAUCUACACCAACCUUGCAUAGAAAAUGAUUAUACAAAUAUACUUGAUAUUAACCGGGACCAGAACAUAAAUGAAGAUACAACAAUUGUUGCAACCACAGCAAGCAAAAUGUGUACAAACACUAGUAAAGAAAAUUCUUUCUUAUUAAAAGACAGAUUUAAAAAAGGGUUUCUUUUACCUACACAAAGGUUUUCUAGUUCUAAUGGACCUACACUAACAGAAACAAAAUCCUGUAAUUCUAACAAAAAUCAAGUACCUGAUCUUAUAAGACAAUGUUCAAGAGAUAUAACUGAAAAUAACAGUGAUGAAGAAAUAUUUUCAGUACCAACAAACAAAGGCGCAGAUAAGACACGGACAGCUUCUCGUAAAAGAACUAUUGAUUCUAAUGAACAAGAGGAUAAUCCAAAGGCAUCCAAACAGAUGAAAACUGGUACACCUAAAAAACCAGAAAAUUUAAACCCUGUAAAUAAUGCUAAGAAUGAUUUUGACUUUGCAAGACCACAGAUACCUGUAACAAAAUUAGGCAAGCUUAAAAAGAAGAAAGCGCAACCUGAAAUAUUAAUAUCUAAAUCUGCUCAACCAGUUUCUAUAAUUAAUGAAACAGUAAUAAAUACUUUAUCUCCAAUACGUAAAGAGAAUAUUCAUGAAUCUACGAAAGUAUCAGAUGAUAUUGAUAAUUUGGAUAAAAGAAACAGCAACAAUAAUGAAUCUGUGAAUACUAAUGACAUAUCCAAAAGGCCUAGUUUUAUUAAACGGAAAUUGUUUACACAAAAACUUGAUGUAAUUGAGGCCAAGAUUGACACACCUCAAAGUAGUCCCCUAGUAAAUAAAUAUGUGAGUAAUAAAGAGAAAACGAAACCACGAAAAUUAGCAUCUUCACAGUCUUGUCUGAGUCGUGAUGUAGCAGAAGAUAACAAUAACCUAUUGAAUCUUCUUCACAAAAUAGUUCCAGUGGAGCAAAUGAGUUUAAUAAACUCAACAACAAAUAAAACUGACUCUGGGAAUAGAAAAAGUGAAGGUGAUUGUGCAAAAUGGGAUAUUGAUUCGGUUUUGUCAACAUGCAACGCUGAGGAUGGCAGCGAAACUUAUACCGAUGAGGAAAUACUUGUUAAUGAAAACAAUCAGAAAAGAAAUUCUAAUGAAAACCCUCAAAACAUUUUAACAUCCAAUGUUGAAAUAUCGCAGAAACAUAAAACAAGUGAAACCGAUAGUAAUGUAAUAAAAGAUGGCAAUGAAAAUGCUACAAAAACAAAUCAAAAGUCAUUCUGGGAUACUGACAUAGAGAGUGACUGGGAAAAUAAUGUAUUUUUGCCUUAUAAACUUAACAAUUGUCAAAGAAGUAAGGCUACUGUUAAUCAACAUACUAAUAAAAAUGAAAAUAACAAAAGUAUUGCAGUUAAUGCUUCAGCCAAAAAUACUACAAAAUGUCUAAAGGUCGAUGCAAUUAAAAAUGUUGCAAAUAAUUGUCAGCAAUCAAUUUGGGAUACGGACUUUGAGAGUGAUUUAGAAAGUUAUGGAAUUUUGCCUAAAAAAGCAGGAAACAGCAAAACAAAUAAUGCUACAGCUAAGAAAAAUAUUAAUAAUGAAGAAAAUUGUGAAAGCACAAAUGUUCCAGUUAAUUCUAGAACGAAAAAGAAUAACUCAAAGUUUGUCAACAUUGAUGUAAAUAAAACAGUUGCUAACAAUUAUCAAAAGUCAAUUUGGGACACUGACUUUGAGAGUGACCUUGAAAGUUGUGGUAUUUUACCUCAAGCUACAAAAGCAAGUAAAAUAGAUACAACACUUACAGCUAAAAAAAGAGUUAAUAAAGAAGAGAAAUUUGAAAAUAAAAAUGGCGUAGUUAAUACUAAAACUAAACAUGUUAACAAAACAAGUCAAAAGGUUGAUGCUAUUAUAAAACCUGCUAAUAACCCAAAGUCUAUUUGGGACACGGACUUUGAGAGUGAACUGGAUCUAUCAAAUAAAUCAGGAAUUUGUAAAACAAAUUUAACAGCUAUUGAAGAAAAUGGCAGUAAUAAAGAAAAUAUUGAAGGCAAGCGGAUUAUGAUCAUAAAAUGUCAAAGAUUGAACACAAAUACAAAUGUCACUGGACUAAAGUUAGUCAGUCAGUCUACAGAACUAGAUAGUAAAAAUAACAAGCCAAUAACUAAUAAAAGGAUCAAAAAAGAUGACAAUGUAAAAGUUAAUUCUCCCAUAAAUAAAACUAAACUAACAGCUACAAAAAGAACGCCAACUAAAUGUGAUCAAGAUAAAAAUGGUAAAUUGAAAAAACCGAAGGAAAUUCAAAAGCAGAAUAAUUCACCGGAACUCGAUAAUAAUGUUUCUAAUGUAUCAGGAAGAUGGUUAAGAGCAAACAGAAGAGCGAAUAAUUCAAUAAACGAUUUAAAUGCUAAGGAUAAUCUUAAAACCGCUCUCAUUAGUCACAGGAUGACGCGACAGAAGACGAAAUUAUUAAAAACUUCUGAUUUAACUUCUUCAACAAUACAAUCUGAUGUCUCUGAAUUAAAUAUAUCUGUUCGAUCUUUGAGGCCGAGAAAAAAGAGAGUAACAAAAUGGUAACCCUUAAUAAGCAAUGGUCUGAAGUCUUACCAUUUUGUUCACAAAGUUGUAGACAAUAAGCUUUAAUAUAGAAUAAGCCUUUUAUGUGUUCUUUUUGAGAUUUGUCUAUUAAGACCAAUAUUGAAAUUUCGUAUGUAUUUUGCUUGUCUUUAUGUUGAAAUAAUGUUGACUUUAUUCUCCAAAUAUGUCCAAUCUAUUGGAUAUUAUAUU